CACAGAAGUUCAGAACUUAUCACACACCAGAGGAUUCACACUGGAGAGAAGACAUAUCAGUGUUCUGAAUGUGAUAAAGCUUUUACAAGAAGUCAAGUCUUAUCACACACCAGAGCGUUUCACACUGGAGAAACACCAUAUCAGUGUUCUGAAUGUGAUAAAACUUUUACACAGAAGUCACAUCUUAUCAGACACACCAGGAUUCACACUGGAGAGAAGCCAUAUCAGUGUUCUGAAUGUGAUAAAACUUUUACAGUGAAUCAACAUCUUAUCAGACACCAGAGGAUUCACACUGGAGAGAAGCCAUAUCAGUGUUCUGAAUGUGAUAAAGCUUUUACAGUAAAGUCAAGUCUUAUCACACACCAGAGGAUUCACACUGGAGAGAAGCCAUAUCAGUGUUCUGAAUGUGAUAAAGCUUUUACAUGGAAGUCAUAUCUUAUCACACACCAGAGGAUUCACACUGGAGAGAAGCCAUAUCAGUGUUCUGAAUGUGAUAAAGUUUUACACGGGGAAGUCACAACUUAUCAACACCAGAGGAUUCACACUGGAGAGAAUCAUAUCAGUGUUCUGAAUGUGAUAAAGCUUUUUACAAGGAAGUCAAGUCUUAUCACACACCAGAGGAUUCACACUGGAGAGCAGUCAUAUCAGUGUUCUGAAUGUGAUAAAGCUUUUACAGUGAAGUCAAGUCUUAUCACACACCAGAGGAUUCACACUGGAGAGAAGUCAUAUCUGUGUUCUGAAUGUGAUAAAACUUUUUUACAAGUGAAGUCAAUCUUAUACAGACACCAGAGGAUUCACACUGGAGAGAAGUCAUAUCUGUGUUCUGAAUGUGAUAAAAAGCUUUUACACAGAAGUCACAUCUUAUCACACUUAAUGAUUCACACUGGAGAGAAGAGCCCAUAUCAGUGUUCUGAAUGUGAUAAAUUUUACACCUGA